UGACAAACAACAUGGAGAGCCAUUUGAUGGUAACAAUUCGGUGAGGGAAAAGUGUUUGUGAUCCCAAAAGCUCGCCAUAGUUGCACGCAACAAGAAUGACGCUCUAGAUCGGACAGUUCCUUCAAUUCAUCUCCAACCGAACUAUUGUCUUAUCAGUGCGGAGUGUGGCUGGGAUUGAGAGCGCGACGGAGUGAGGAGAAGUUGUGUGGUGAUUGAUAAGAUAUUAAUGGAACAUUAUCAAGGUUGAUUCGUUGGAUGACGGAGUGAAAGAAGAGCGACAGUGCAAGACUUUUAUUUCAUAAUUAAACUUGUUUCGUGAUUGUUGGGCGCCUUCGGAAAAAAGGUGGACAAGAAGAAUUUGUGCUGGUCAAUUUGUUGGAGAGUAUCAAUUGGCAGAAGCGAGUUUAUCGAACGAGUCGCGCAAAGAUGGAUAUGACAAUUACCCUUUGUUUUAGUGUAGUUCUUCUUGGGAAUUCCGUGGCACUGGCGCAUGACGCAUCGACUGAAGCAUCAACAAUACCGUCUAACAAAGUUCCUCCUCUCCUGUUUCCCGAAGAUGACUCUCAGUACAGAAUAAUCACCCAGAACGAGACUGCCAUCCAACACAUUCUUGCAAUAACGAGCAAGGAUGAUGUCAUUCGUAAUAUUCCUCUCACGGAAGGCCAAUCUUCAACUGCGGAGCUCAAGACUACAGUGCAGACGGAGAAAGUGGAAACUUCUCCAUUAACGCCCACAAGGGCGAUUCAGGAGAAGGAUUCAUCUUCUGAAGUGGACUCUGAUGAAGCGAAGGACGAGGAUGACGCAAAUUACUAUGAAGACACCACGGAUGAUCCUAAGGAGGAGGUGGAGAAGAUUCAGAGUGAUGGAAAGUACAAGACAGACGAGGAGCUGGAGGAACAAUUUAACAGUGGAAUUUCUUACAAAUCUCAACACAGAAACAGCGAUAACGAGGAGAAGCAGAAGUCACAGGAAAUAGUUGACAUUGUGGUAGAUUAUUCAGCCGAAAUGGAUCAUACUCACAUUGUGGCAAUCAUAGCCGUGGUGACAAUCGCUAUUUUGGCAUUUGCUGCCUAUUUCGGGCUCAUUUACUGGAGAUAUCAUCUACAAAAGAUAUAUGGCUCGCGACAACGCCUCGUCACUGAAGAUGAUUGGUAUCACAAUGAUUCGAGGGACUUUGAGAUUUAACAUCCCCAUUUAAGCUAGUCAAAUUUUCCAUUUCUGUGUCCAAUGCUGUUGAACUCUUGCAAUCAUUGCUGAAAGCCAUAAAUUCGGUGAUUGUUUCUUAGAAGCGCUAUGACGGAGGGAAGAGCAAUUAUAUUUUAAGAAACACUUUACAAACUAAUGAACAACGCGAAAUCGACUGAUACUGAGGUAUUCCUAUGAUAAGAAAUAAAGCAACGCUAUCAGUUAUAAUCUGUAGAGCAUUUACUACAAUUCUAACAUAUUAUUUUUAGCCUGGGCGAUUAAUUUUAGAUACACACCAUGAUUUGUCAUUUUUAUAAAUAUACCAAUGAUGGAUUUAUCUCUAUAUUAUCGUUUGUCCAGCAGAGACUACCUUUCACGAAUAAAUAUUCAAUAUUCUUCAACACCACGGG